AUGCCCGGGCGCGUGGGGAAGUUUCUGUGCGUCGUCCCGCCGAAGACGCUCCGCGUGGACGUCGAGAGCGGACGCGCGACGCGCUCGGGGCCGGUGGAUGGGUUGGAGGAGGCGCUCGACGCGCUCGAGUUUAAAACGUCGAGGAGCACGCUGGACGGCGGUGGCGUCGCGAUCGGCGUCGGGCCGGGAAUUCAGGCGUUCACGGAUAAUGAAUUGAUCGUCUCGUUCGUCGGACACCUCACGAAUGUGGAUUAUUUGGCGUGGAGGUUGUUCUCGGACGAAGGGCGGAGGGGGGAGAGGGCGCCGAGCGCGCUCGAGGCGGCGCGACAGCUCGUGGGCGGGCGGUGCUUUGAGGCCGAGCUCGUGUGUCACCUGUAUAAGACGUUCGGGACGAAGGCUCUUCCCAAGCUCAGGGGGAAGUUUGCGUUCGUGGUGUUCGAUUCGAAGAGCGUGCGGGUGUUCGCGGCGAGAGACGCGAGCGGAGAGUACGAUUUAAAGUACGCUCGAGACGACGACGGCACCGUCGUUGUGGCGAAUUUUUCGGGGGCGAAUGAGAUGCUGCCGAGUCGUCGAGAUCUCUCGGAGAUUCCGCCGGGAUGCUACGUUUACGGGCAUCGAAAUAUGGUCCCCAGCCGCUUCGCAAAGACGCUAGCCGAAAAGAGCUCGGAGCUCGCCGCGGCGGCUGCAGCGGCCACGCGCGCGCUCCGCGGCCUCAACGUGAAGUCUCGCCGACCUCUCGACGUUCGACGCAUAUCUAGCGAUCACUAUGAACACGAAGACGUGCUGUGCGACGACAGAAAGCGCGCGCUUGAAGAUUUGGAUGGUGGGCACGAGUACGAGUCACACGAGAGGGCGAACGAGGAAGAGGACAUCGAACCGGGGACAGAGGAGGAUCACAGGACAGCAGAGGUCGUGGCUCUCAAGACUGCUAGCGCGGCGAUCAAACGCAUCGCGAGCGGUUACAACAUGUCCGGUAUGGUUCGCAUGGACGGUGUCAACGCACUCGCCGCCGUCGGCAUGGCGGACUCUGGAAAUCUGGACGGUUUCCAACUCGAUCGCGUACCUAGUCGUACUGGUUUGUUGAGCGACAUGGUCAAGGUUGCCUCAUUCGGCGAUCUCAACAAAGAGUACGCUAGAAAGGGGAGCAUCAGUGAUUUGAUGCACGCGGGUGUGUCGUCGCCGAAGAAGAGCGGUUUGGACAAACCAGACCGCCGCGCUUCUUGGACCGAUCUCACCGUUCUCGUGGCUUCGGGCGAAACCCGACAGGCAAACAGUGAUGAAUGA